UCCCGGUCCCGGCCCCGCCAUGGUGGUGCCGGCGCGGCGCGUGAAGACGGAGUACAUGAAGCGCUUCAAGGAGCCCAAGUGGGAGUCGUGCGGCGCCUGCUACCUGGAGCUGCUGCACUACCGGCUCAGCCGCCGCCUGCUGGAGCAGGCGCACCGGCCGUGGCUGUGGGACGGCUGGGAGCAGGGCAGCGGCAGCGGCGCCGCCACCAGCGCCGGCGGGUCGCCCUCGCCGCCGGGCAACGACGGCCCCGCGGCCGCGCAGGAGGAGGAGGAGGAGGCGGCGGCGGCGCCGAGCGAGGCGGGAGCGGAGGGCCCCGAGAAAGAAAAAGAAGAUCAAGAAAAGCAGCAGAGUGAAGAGCAAGAAAAAGCUGUAGAACACGCUUCUGUAAAGGAAGCUGACAAAACCAGCCGUACAGGACAACGUUCAAGCCGAAGUGCCUUGUCCAGUCGUAAUGAUCGAAGAUCAGCCAAAAGUCCUCAAAAGACAGAUCCACCAAAGGAGAAUAAACAUCCAUUUGCUCUUUAUGGGUGGGGAGAAAGACAGACAGAUACUGGAAGUCAAAAAACUCACAAUGUCUGUGCUUCUGCUUCAGUAAAUGAAAUUCAUGAAUCCGCUCUACGAGCAAAGAACAGGAGACAAGUGGAGAAAAGGAAGCUGUCUCAGAGGAGAGUACAAUCAGCAGAAGCAGAGACAGCUUGGCGGAUAAAGCCCUCCCCACCAGAUAACCCGUGGAUGACAGAGUAUAUGAGAUGCUACUCAGCAAGAGCUCGGUGAAUUUGGAUUCUCUUCAGCAUCUUCAAAAGAAGUUACGCCUAUCAGGACACUAGUGCAAGGAACCAAACUACUUAUGCAAGGUUUUUAUAGGGAGUUUCCAGCUGAUAAAUACUUGUUACAAUGUUUUUAUCUUGGCUACCUACCUCACAGUGGGGUGUAUUGUUGGAGCCCUAACAUUUGAAGAGGCUUUUAUAGCUACCCAAACUUUUAAACAAUUCCCCUUUUGGGAAUCUUUCUAAUGCUUCAGUUGACUUGUUUUGGGGGUGGGAGGGGGGAACCUUAGCACACAGGGAGGCAAAGAAAACACUUUUUUGAUCUUGGUUACAAAUAUUCUGUUAUCCCUUAUUUAAAAAGUCCUAAGUAAUGGGGAGGUGAUACUGGGGAAAGGCUUUAAAAGUGUGAUGGAGGUGCCUUUGCAUUUGUAGUACUCUUUGAUUAAAUUAUUUUACCAAAAUAAGUAUAUUGAGACAGGCAACAGGAAAGCCAGUGGGUCUGGUAAACAGCACUAAUAAAUAUAAAUGUUUUAGGCAGGCAAAUACCAAGUAUUUCCUGGAUGUAGAAACUUUCAAAAAACCUUGUUUGAUUAGAGAAUUUGCUGGUAACUUUUAUGGCUGUUUCUAAAGACAUUAGAAUAAACUAUUAAUUUUCAGGGCAAGAAACAGCUACAGGAUUGUGUUGCUGUGCCUGUUGUACCAAAUAACUGAUGUAGACAAUCAUUAUCUGAUAGCUGCUGCUCAGUAAGCAGUUGCUUGUUCUACCAGUAUCAAGUUGUACCACUUUAAGCUUGUGGUCACACUUCCUCUAUGCUUAAUCCUGUAAAUGCCAGUUUAUUGAAGGAGAGGGCUGGCUCCUGCUGUCCAAUGAAGUCUAUUUUUAACACUUAAGACUAUAUAUUAUGCUCAGUGGGGGUCAGUGCAGUAUGCAUUCCAUUGGUGGUAUGGUACAAGCAUACUGUUAAAGAUUUUACAUUUGAAAAUUGUGUUGAUAAAAUUUGUAGGUGAAGUCCUGAGAAGCUUUCUGUCUCUCAGAAUUGGUGCAGGACUCCUCACUGUGGGGAUGAGGGCUAGAAGAGGGAGGAGAGGUAUACUCUUUAGUAAACAGGAAUAUAUAAUGGAGUUUGUGAGAUCCUCAGUGCUUGUCUGCUUUGUUUCCUUCAAGCUGUAAAUUUCUUCAGUUCAAUACCUAAGCUUUAGGCAGAUAAUUGCUGUAGUUGUGAACUUGUUUUUUUUCAGAUGUGUUGUGUUUUUCACUAUGUUGGGUAUCUCAGUUCAGUUGUUUUGAAGCUUGUGUUUUACAGACUGGACACCUUUUCACAGAAAGCACACUUGCACUUCUGCAGCAGAAACCUGCACUAGUCUUAGCUUCAUUCCACAAUCUCUGUGAGUAAGCAGGACUCCAGAAUUACUACUGUAACAGUUAUAUGCUUGGUGAAAAGUCUGUUACUGAAAGAAAGUAGUCAUGCAAAGGGACCAAGCACUGCUGCCUCCUAGUGGGAAUUACAUUAGUAAAGGUUUUCAUUAAUCUCAGUUUUAAUUUUGCUAAAAUGUCCUAGAAUCCAUGGAAUUAUCUGAUUUUUAUCCACCUUUUAAGUGUAGAGCUAUACAAAUACAACUCUUGUUCAGGCUACUUAGUAGAGACCUUACAGCUUUUAAGUCUGGGAAUGCAAAGUAUGAGUAUGUUUUAAAUAGAGCAAAAUCACUGUGUUCCAACUUCUAAGUAAACCACAGGCUAGCAGUUACUAGAACUUUAGAGCAGUGUCCAAAACUGAGGCAAGCUAUUCCAGAGGAUGCCUUUAUUCCAUAUGAGAUUCCUUUAAUUUCCUUUUAUGCUGUGUUUUCCUUUUAAAAUAGCUGCUGUAAAUCUGCUAAAGUUGCUUCUGAUGCUGUUUCAAUUCAGACAUCCACCUGAGCUUUGAACAACAGUAUCAAAGCACUGACUCAGUAGUGUUGAACAGCCUUAUUGAAUGCAAGCUCUGCCUGUUCCUGCUGCCCAGAGUACCAUAUACACCUUUGGGUGUGUGGGCUUUUAUGUAACUACAGCAGCUGGAUAAUACAGUGCUCUCACUGUAUUUUCUCACAUUGAACAGUUUCCUUGGUUGUGUAGGGCAGGUUUCAUCUUGCUGUGCUUUCGAAGACAGCUUCUACAGUUCUCUCCUCCCACUGAGAAUGCAGCAGCCAAGAUGACAUGUGCCUGCCUUAAGUACCCGUUGUUGGAUAAGAUGAAUCUCCUGUUAGAUGUUCAUCUUUCAAAUAAUUAUAGAAGGCUUAAAUGUCGUCUGCAUUGGAUGCUAGGUACCAAAUCUAAAACAUCUCAGUCUUAUUCAGGUGUCAGCACAGCAUGAGAAUCUUCAACAGCAUCAAGACUACUGGGUACUGAGGAAAUGAUCUAGUUCUUAUCCUUGUCUGGUCACAAGAGCUGUUGCCUACCAAGACAGCAGUAGACACUAAUUGGGUCAUGUGAGUCACUGUCAUGCUUUUUCAAAUAGUCUGCAGCUAAAAAUAGUCCUGGGUGCUACGUUGGUACUAUCUUAGUUUAAAUAAUAUAAUGCCUGAAAUAGGGGGUAAAUUUUUCUGCAAAUCAGGUAGCCUUCCUGCAUUUGGGCAUUGUUUGACUUAUAAAAAAAGCUAGUAGGUUUGCUUAGAUAUCUGAUGACUGCAAGUUGUACAUGCCAAAUACUGGAAAACCAUUAUUGUAGUGUUUUGAUCUUAACAGAUGAAAAGCCAAUUGACUUGGAAAGCAGAACUUUUCAAAUGUCAAAGCUUUAACUAUAUUCCAUCAAUUUUCACAGGAGGUGGCUUUUUUUUGCAUGAAAUUGGACUCAUUAAAAAGGGAAAACCUAGUAAAUGUCACUCUAAUAAGGAAGUUCUUUUCUUUGUCUUGCAUGGACUCUUGAAUUCAGCCAAGUGAUGAACACUUCUCACUCCUGCUUUAGCAGUAAAACUUUGUAAGAACAUGGUAAACACUCAGUUGUCCAAAAUCUUCAUUAAAAUUACUGUUUCUUUUUGUUUUUGAAAGUACUUAGGUAAGUGAAACAAGACUUUUACAAUGUGUCAUGCUGCAAUUUGACUAUAGUGUUGUGAAGACUAGUGUUUACAAUGUAAAAUGUUACAAUGAAAACUGCUUAAGAAUGUCCCCUGUAAAAUACAGUAGCAUGCCUGUUCAGUCACUGCUGUCAUGUCUUUGCAACUAUGACUUACAGACUUUUUCACUGGAAGCUGAGACAAUUGAAGUGAGAGCCAAACAUAACAAAGCUGAGGGACAGACCUGGAUUUUUGGUAAGAAUUUUAUCUGGGUAGCAAAUGCAUAUUUAAAUUAAAUUUUUAACAUGUAGGGGAAUCUGUUUGCUUUUUUAAUGGUAUAGUGCAGUGCCACUGAACUAAAAAGGCCUCUCUGACUUCUUUUGCUAGCUUUUGGUCCCUAGUACAGUAAUCUGAGGGCCGUAUGCAUGGGUAACCUGGGUGUUUCAGCUCAGUUAGUGCACUCAGCAGCAAAGCCAUACAUGGAGCCUGAUUCAACACCUUGACAGUAGCCCCCAUAACAUUAGGGGUACAAGUGAAUGGGAAGCUGCCUCAGCUAUCGUUAGCACUGAAUUCACUUUAAAACUAUAGGGAAAUACCAUCUAAGCUUGAAGCAAUAUGUGUUUUUUAAAGUUUUUAAACAGUAUUUGUUUUUAAUGCUUCUGUAUUGUCUAUAUUUAAUAGUGUAGUGUCAACUUGCAUAUGUGAAUAAAAUAGGUGACACAAA